AAAGCACCGAACGAAAUCCAAUAUGAAAACGUUCCUCGUUGUCCUCGCAUCCGUAGUGGCAUGCGCUCUAGCUCAACAACAGCCGGAGCAGUACGGACCUCCCGCCCCGUAUCAGUACAGCUACGCUACCGAGGAUAAAGAGGGAUCGUCCUCCGCCGAAGAAUCCACCGACGGUUCCGGACGUGUAACGGGCAAAUACACGAUCUCGUUGGCUGAUGGACGCCAGAGGACCGUGACCUAUUACGCCGACGAGACCGGUUUCCACGCCGAUGUGAUCACCAACGAACUCGGAACCGAAUCCAAGAACCCCGCCGAUGUCACGAUCCAGUCUUCUGCACCCACCGGACCCGAGGCCGCUCUCCAGUUCGAGUCUCAGCGCGUUAAGGCCAAGGCUUCGUAUCUGGCUCCCGUCGUGGUUCCCGCCCCCGCAGUGAACGGUUUCGCUGCUCUGGGCCCUAUGGCUUUGCUCCAAUCUCCGGUCAGAGCGACUGGCCAAGUCCGAGUUAUAUUAGGUCAAAGGUCGUCUGCCGAGCUUUACUCGAAUCGGAAACAGAAAUUUCGAAACGCUGUUCAGGUGGGUAUCCAUUUCCAUAACCGUACGCAACCACUUUUUCUAGUUAACCGAAACAUGAAGACAAUCGUUGCCCUCGCAGUCGUUUUGUGUGGAUUGGCCGAGGCUCAAAGGUACGUCGCCUCCGGCCAAGCGGAGCAGUACGGACCCCCUACCCCUUACCAGUACAGUUACCAAACCCAGGAUGCCGAAGGGUCGUCUUCUGCCGAGGAAUCUACCGAUGGAAACGGUCGUGUCCAGGGCAGUUAUACUCUGACACUCGCUGAUGGCCGACAAAGGACUGUUACCUAUUACGCUGACGAGACCGGCUUCCACGCUGAUGUGAUCACCAACGAGCUCGGAACCGAGUCCAAGAACCCCGCCGACGUUACCAUCCAGUCGUCUGCACCGACAGGAGCCGAAGCCGCCCUCCAAGGAGGCGCGGGUGCCGCCCCCCGUCUCCGAGGUUGA